GCGUGUGUGCGCGCGGAGGAGCAGGCAGAAGCCGCGGAGCGCGCGCAGGGGGAGCCGCAGACCGACACUCAGCCGCCGCUUCAGGAGCUUCAGUCCGCACGAGGCCAGAGAUCUAAAAUGGGAGGCAAGCUGAGCAAAAAGAAGAAGGGCUACAGCGUGAACGACGAUAAGUCCAAAGACAAGGAUGCCAAAGCAGAAGGGGCCUCGGCUGAGGAGAGCGAAGCACCGAAAGACAAGAAAGACGAGGCGGCUAACGAUGCUAAGGAAGUAGCAAACGACACGGCAGCCAAGGACGCCCCGGCGGCCGACGCUGCCGCGCCAAAAGAGGAGGAGAAGAACGCGACUUCUGCGACGAAGGAGUCCGAGAAACCGGCCGCCAACGCCGAGCCCAAAACAGASGCGGCCAAGGCCGAGGAGAAGGCCGCCGCCCCCGCCCCGGCCAAAGAUCCCGCUCCCGCCGCCAAGGAGCCCGAGGCGAAGACACCCGAGAGCAAAGGAGAGGCCGACGCCAAAAAGACUGAGGCCCCCCCGGCACCAGCAGCUCCCGCCGCCGCCUCCCCCGACACCAAGCCCACAGAGGCCGCCGCCGCCGCCGCCGCCGCACCUAGUUCAACACCAGCCGCCGAACCUCCCGCCAAGGAGGCGAACGCCACGGAGGCACCGAGCAAGGAUCAAACCGUAGCAGUUCAGGAUUAAUGGACAGCUCCUUUUCASACAGGAAGAAAUAAAUCACCUGAUUCAACCCUGAAGGAAAGUUUUAAAAGAGGAGGGAAAAUGAAAUUUACUAGCCCGCCGAUAUUCUGAUGAUAACAAUAAUAAUAAUAAUUGUAACGAUGAUGAUGAUGAUGAUGAUGAUGAUGAUGAUGAUGAUGAUUUGUUGAAUGAGGAGGACUGGAGAUGUUUCCACUGAUGCAUAUGAUUAUUGCUAUUAUUAUUGUUAGGUUUAAUUCUUUUUUUCUGCUGUAGUAUUUGAACUUUGAUACGAGUCUGUGUCGGCCAUGCUCCUCACCCGUUCACCUUCAUCCCUUCACUCAUCAGGUCUCACCUGAACCCUGAUCCAGCCCACAGAGGUCCUGCCCCCCCCCCACCAGCAGCUAGAUUCAGCCAUGACUAAAAGAUGAGCUCAAACCUCUCGUGCUUCAGCUCCUUUCACUUCCAGUGUUUUUAUUUCCAUUUUCAUCUAAAUGAAACGUGUUUUCAGGAGGACGGAGAACGCUGAGGCUUUCUAAGACAUUCCAAAGGUUGAAUAAAGAAAAAAGAAAAUAAAGUUCGGCUUUGCGACGAAAUAAUCGUAGGAUCUUUUUCAAACGUAUAGAUUUUGUACUGAAACCCCUUUGUGGUUUUUUAGCAUUUGUAAUACUUAUAAAACCUGCAAAGCCUUGAUCUUUACAAUGCUCUUAUGAAGUUUGAAGCCGUUCUCUGAUCCUCCGUCGGCGUUAAACGAGCGUUUGUGGAUGAAACGGUGAAAACAGGAUGUUUGCUGCGCCGAGAGGACGCCUCUGAUAACCAGUGUUCAGCUGUGUCUGUCCACAGAGCGUAGACUAAACCAGCUCUGAGGCAGCCUGAUGCUUUUCUCUCAUCUACUGGAAGAACUCAAAAACAUUUGAUAACUGAAAGUAUUUCCACAUGUUGGUCCUUCCAGUGUUUCGUGGAGGAAAUGUGCUCCAGCCUGAAAAAAACGUGGCUCAGCAACUUUCCCAAUUUAAAAUGAAAACACUGAACGUGUGACGUGAUUGGAACAGCUCCUGCUGCAGUAUUACCAGCUACAGUAUUUAUGCAAAAUCUAAAAAA